AGUUCUACACAAACCUAGUUUCUUGUUUUGUAUAGCCGCCACAUUUUACGGUCUUUGAGAAUGAAUGCAUUUCUUCUUCUUCUUCUCCAUGUAGUUUUACUGCAAAUUUAACCAGCCAUUAAUCAAUCAAUCAAUAUGGACAAGCACCGGAGGUGGACAUAUUCCAUUACCAAGCUUGUUUUCUGGGCAACCAUUUUUGCAGGUACCCUUCUUUUCUUGUGUGUUUUUCGUUCUUCUCCUCCAUCUCAUUCUGCAACUAUGAAAUGGGGUAGUAGUAAUAAUACCCCACAAUGGGAAAACCGUGUCAGAUUAUCUGCCCGUUCACGUUCCGGUCAUUUAUCCGUUCUUGUUACCGGCGCCGCCGGUUUCGUUGGGUCUCAUGUCUCCGCCGCACUCAAACGCCGUGGUGAUGGCGUUGUUGGAUUAGAUAAUUUCAACAGCUAUUAUGACCCAUCGUUGAAAAGGGCCCGUCAGAAAUUGUUGGAACAUAAAGGGGUUUUUGUCAUUGAAGGUGAUAUCAAUGACGAAAAGCUUCUGAAAAAGCUUUUCGACAUUGUUGAAUUUACCCAUGUAAUGCACUUAGCUGCACAGGCCGGCGUUCGUUACGCAAUGAAGAAUCCUGGUUCUUACAUCCAUAGCAACAUUGCAGGCCUCGUUACCCUUUUCGAGGCCUGCAAAUCCGCUAACCCACAACCUUCAAUUGUUUGGGCAUCAUCCAGCUCUGUUUAUGGGCUCAAUUCCAAAGUACCCUUCUCAGAAAAAGAUCAAACGGAUCAACCAGCGAGUCUAUACGCCGCCACAAAGAAAGCCGGUGAAGAAAUUGCACAUACUUACAAUCACAUCUACGGUCUUUCCAUUACAGGGUUAAGAUUCUUCACUGUUUAUGGACCUUGGGGUCGGCCAGAUAUGGCGUAUUUCUUCUUCACAAAGAACAUACUAAAAGGAAACCCCAUUUCAGUAUUUCAAGGUUCAAACAACAAAAGUGUAGCUAGAGAUUUUACCUACAUUGAUGAUAUAGUAAAAGGGUGUUUAGGGGCUUUGGAUACAGCAGAGAAGAGCACAGGAAGUGGUGGAAAGAAGAAGAAGAAUGCACAAUUAAGGGUGUUUAAUUUGGGGAAUACUUCACCAGUUCCAGUAACAAAGCUAGUUAGCAUAUUGGAGAAACUACUCAAGGUAAAGGCUAAAAGAAAUGUGUUGCCAUUGCCAAGAAAUGGAGAUGUGAUGUUUACUCAUGCUAAUAUCAGUUAUGCUCAGAAGGAAUUUGGAUACAAACCCACUACAGAUUUGCAGAUGGGGUUGCAGAAAUUUGUUAAUUGGUAUCUUGAUUACUAUUCAAUAAUUGAAAAGAAGAAUUAUUGAUCAAGUAUAUGGUGUUCCAUGAGACGCUUGUAUAGGCAUUUGAAUUUUUUUAGUCUCUUUUUUUCUUGGAUUAGUUGUAUUGAUUACUUGCAGUUAGGCGGAUUUAUUAUGCUAAUGAUCUCACACAUAGUAUUAAUGAGUUGAGGUUCUAUUAAAAUGUGCUUCUAUUGCUCUUUAUAUGAUUGUGCUAUUUGGAGGCAUGUGUAGUUUCAUGAUUUGUUUGUACAAAUUCUUAGUCUUUUUGUUCCUUUUGGGAUAAGAAAUUCACUUCUUGGUA